GGUCAGGGUCGCGAAUGCGAGGGCGUUUGAGGACGGACCCGGCGUCAAGGUUGGAAAGCAUGCGUGAGGUGGGCCCCGGCAUCCACUUUGAGAAGGGAAUGUGAGAUGCCAGGCUGAUGAUGAGAAUGAAAUAGCAAGCACAAGAACAUGGAGGAAAGAAGGCAAGAAGCUAUCAGGGGAUUCAAGGCCUCUUGCCCACCUCUCUCUACCUUCUACUUCCUUUUUGUGGUCUUCAUGGUGUCUGUCAUCUUCCACUGCCACCAGCGCCUGGCCCUGGUGCCCAGUCCCUGGGCUUCCUCAGCUCGUGUGGUCCUGGCCCCCAAACACCUGCCACAAGAGGGUAUGUUCACUAUCAAUGCCAUCGGCCGCCUGGGGAACCAGAUGGGAGAGUAUGCCACACUGUUUGCCCUGGCCAGGAUGAACGGGCGGCCAGCCUUCAUCCCCGCGUCCAUGCACAGCACACUGGCACCCAUCUUCAGGAUCAGCCUCCCUGUGCUACACAGCUCCAUGGCUAGCAGGAUCCCAUGGAAGAACUACCACCUCAAUGACUGGAUGGAGGAGCGCUACAGCCACAUUCCAGGGCGCUAUGUGCGUCUCACAGGGUACCCAUGCUCCUGGACCUUCUACCACCACCUGCGCCCCGAGAUCCUACGUGAGUUCAGCCUACAUGACCACGUGCGGGAGGAGGCCCAGGCCUUCCUGAGAGGUCUGCGGAUAAACGGGAGCAAGCCGGUCACUUUUGUGGGUGUCCAUGUACGCAGGGGGGACUAUGUACAUGUCAUGCCCAAUGUGUGGAAAGGCGUGGUGGCCGAUCGGGGCUACCUGGAGAAGGCUCUGGACUGGUUCCGGGCACGCUACUCCUCACCAGUCUUUGUGGUCACUAGCAAUGAUAUGUCCUGGUGCCGGAAGAGCAUCAAACCCUCCCACGGGGAUGUGGUAUUUGCUGGCAGUGGGCAGCAAGGCUCACCUGCGAAAGACUUUGCACUGCUCACACAGUGUAACCACACCAUCAUGACUGUGGGCACCUUUGGGAUCUGGGCUGCCUACCUUGCAGGUGGAGACACCAUCUACCUAGCCAAUUUCACCCGGCCCAACUCCCCCUUCCAUAUGAUCUUUAAGCCACAAGCAACCUUCCUGCCUGAGUGGGUGGGCAUUGCCGCUAACCUAGGGUAGGCUCAGCACAGCAACAUGUAGCCCUGUACAUAUGUGUCCUUUGUCCCAGGCUCCCUGAGAGGAUAGGAGUGUGGUUCAGUGCAGAGACUUAGGAUCACAUGUGGAAUUCAAAUCCAGCCUUAUCUGUGUUGUAGCUAAGUAAACUUGGGCAAGUGGCUUCACCUCUGUGCCUUCAUAUGCUCCCUGAAAACGUGAGCCCAGGGCUCCUUGUGAAACUUGAGGUGGGGAAGACCACAUUUGAGGGGCUUUUGUAGAGAGGCCAACUCGCCCUCCUUCCUACAUCAUGGUACAUUGCAUAUGCUUCCAAGUAUUUUGCAUAUGCUUGUUGGAAGUAUUUGGCGCUCAGGGACUCUACCCUGAUGUCACAGGGACCACGUGCUAGGUACAGCAGGAAGCUCAGGCUUUGUCAGGAAAGGAUGCAAGGGUUAGGUCUCACAGUAGUGCCCAGGUAGCAGGCAUCAUCUACAAGUAGGAGCAGGGGGGAGGGCAGGCACCUUGGGCAGGAAAUAGUAGGAACCAACAGCAGGCCUCCAUGUGCAGCAAAGACCUCAGGGUACAUGUCUGGGAAGUCUGACCCCAUGGGGCUGCAGAGACAGUCCACAGCCUACGUGGACAAUGCCUGGUGAUACCUCCCACCAACUGGUAAGCCCCCUAUGGGCUACCUGCUCCAUUUUCUGUCACUGAUUUCACAUCAUAGUUAGUUCACAAAGAAGGGAGGUUCUAGAGGCUCAAAAGUCCUGGGAUGUGGCACUCGCUUCUGCAUUUAUGCUGAGUUGCGAUGGGUACAGGGUCAGCAUCCUAGCUCCAGUCUUCCGUAAAGUCAAAGCCACUGUAUUAUGGCCUCUGUAGCCACCAUCUUCCAUGCCUCACCCCAAGCACAUACUCACCUCUCUACCGUCUACUACUUCAUGAUGGAAAUCAGCUUCCAGCCCUAGUUUCCACAGGACAUUCAAACCACAGCACAGGCAAAGAUGAGUCAGUGAGCAUAAGGCUGGUUUCCUUGUGUUCAGGGCAUUUGAAAGCAUAGAAAUGUCAGAAUUUUUCAUUACUUGUUUGAUUUUCCUUUGUGGAUAUAAAAAAUGUGAAUAUAGUCAUUAUCAUUCAU